AUCCGAGCUCGAGCUCUCGUCUCUGUCACGUACCACAAACAAAGCCAGCGAAACUCGUGCCAGAAAGAAAAAUGGCGUUCCGCAGAACCAUUGCACGGAGCAUAUGGGCAGCCAAGAACGCGGCCACCUGCGCCGCCGCCGUGCCCAAGCCCCCGCCUCCCAUCCUCCCGGCGCGCCGGACGCUGCCGGUGGUGGAGGACUGCCCCACGCUCGCAUUCCUGCGCCCGCGCCCGGCCACCGCCCGCUACUCCACCGUCUCCGUCCCGCUCCCGCACCACUGCUUCCCCGCCUUCCCCGUCGGCGACCAGCUGUUCAACCGCCUCGUCGACGGGCUCACGCCGCCGCCUGCCGCCGUGCCGUGGAGGCCCGGGGAGACGGGCGUGACGCUGCAGGAGGCGAGGAAGGUGGCGAGGGCGGCGGAGAUGGAGGCGGCGCGCGCCACGCUGAGGGCCAACCCCCAGAGCGUCGUGUCCAGGUCAGAGUACGCGGCGCUCUGCGUCGACAUUGCGGGCGGCGCGGAGGGCGGGCGCAGGCUCGCCUCGGCGCUCGACGAGGCCGGUGUCGUCAUCGUCCUCGCCGACGCCGUCUUCCUACGCCCCGACCAGGUCGCGAAGGCGAUCGGGAGCAUGCUGCCGGCGCCGUCGCGGGCGGCGGCCGCGGGCGACGACGUCGAGGCGCGCACGCGGGAGCUGCAGGCGCUGGAGCGGCAGAAGGCGGUCAUCGACGCCAAGGCAGCGGCGCAGGUGCGGCGGGAGCUGUGGUGCGGGCUGGGCCUGCUGGCGGCGCAGACGCUGGGGUUCAUGCGGCUCACCUUCUGGGAGCUGUCGUGGGACGUGAUGGAGCCCGUGUGCUUCUACGUCACGUCCAUCUACUUCAUGUCCGGCUACACCUUCUUCAUGCGGACGGCCACGGAGCCGUCCUUCGAGGGCUUCUACCGGAGCCGCUUCGCCACGAGGCAGCGCCGCCUCAUGCGGGCCCGCCAGUUCGACGUCGCCCGGUACAACGCUCUGAAGCAAGGCGAGCGGCGCGGCGGCUCCGGCUCUGCCGGGCAGAGCGAUCACGGCGAGUGCGACGCCGACGUGCUUAGGCACGCCACGCACGCACAUCAGUAGCGUCUAGGAACCUCUGGUACAGGCUAACUAGUUUGAGACGUAGUCGCAAAAAGAAAAAUUGAGACGUGUAGAUUAUAGGGUCCAGUGCUUAUCAGGAUUCACCGAUUCAGGGUCCAUGGCACAAAAAAUUCAACGAUGUUUGAGUUUGUUUAUAUAUAACUAGUAGCAAUUGUAAAAUUCACCAUUUUAUCGUGAAAAUUGGAUCGAACAUUUGUAUGUUCAAAAA